AUGUCCAACCCCGAGAGGCUGCUCUCAGCCCGCCCCCAGGCCCCCCUGGCUGCAGCCGGGGGAAAGCCCGGCUCCGGCACCGUCCACUCCUAUGGUCAGAGCAGCGGAGGCAGCGCCGCGGCUCCUCCUCCGGGAAGCGGCUCGGCUGCCUGCAGCAGCUCCCCCUCCGCCCUGCUCCCAAGCAGCUGCCGCCGCCGCGCCGCGGGGACCGCCGCCGCCUCCUCCAGCAUCGUCCCCAGAGCCGCCGCUCCUCUCUGGGCUCCUCCAGUCCCCUCCUUCCCCGCCCCUGCUCCCUCUUCCCUUCGCUCCUUGCCGCCGCCGCCUCCUCCUCUCCUCCCCCUCUCUGCUGCCUCUGCGCUCGCAAGUCUCCAAGGAAGGGGGGGAGGAGGAGAGGCGGCAGCGGCGGCGGCAGGAGGAGGAGGAGAUGUUGGAGGAGGAGAAGCAGCAGCAGCAGCUCCCUUGAUCGUCUAUCCCAGCAGCAGGAGCAGGGUGUUCUUCUCUUCCUCCAUCCAGGGCUUGCUGCUCCCCUCUCCAGCCGCCGGACCCCGGCAGCACCAGCCGCGGCUCCUCCUGGCCCCAGCUGCCUCUCGCCUGUGGUCCUACAAUUUCCUGGGUGCUGCAGCAGCAGCCGCCCGCGGCGACGGGAUCCGAGGAGACGGCCCCGGCAGGAGCAGGACCCCUAGGCAGCGGCAUAGAGGCUCCUUCCUCUCCUUCUCGUCUCCCCUGCUGCUAAGGCCAGACAUGGAAGAUGGAUCUUCUUCUACAAGCUGCUUUAGGAGGUUUACAGACUGUUUCCUGGGCACAAGUUUGACAGAUGAAAAAGUGAAGGCUUAUCUUUCUCUUCACCCCCAGGUACUGGAUGAAUUUGUGUCAGAGAGUGUAAGUGCUGAGACAGUGGAAAAAUGGCUGAAGAGAAAAAACAACAGACAGGAAGAUGAGUCGACUCCUAAGGAAGUCAGCAGGUAUCAGGAUACAAAUAUGCAAGGAGUGGUAUAUGAACUGAACAGCUACAUAGAACAACGGUUGGAUACAGGCGGAGACAACCAGCUUCUCUUAUAUGAACUGAGCAGCAUCAUUAAAAUAGCUACAAAAGCUGAUGGAUUUGCACUAUAUUUCCUGGGAGAUUGCAAUAAUAGCCUCUGUGUGUUCACACCUCCGGGAGCUAAGGAAGGACAACCACAGCUCAUUCCUGCAGGGCCCAUUGCACUUGGCACCACAAUAUCUGCAUAUGUAGCCAAAUAUAGAAAAACUUUGUUAGUAGAAGAUAUUCUGGGGGAUGAACGAUUUCCCAAAGGUACUGGACUGGAAUCAGGGACUCGUAUCCAAUCUGUUCUUUGUUUGCCGAUUGUCACUGCAAUUGGUGAUUUGAUUGGUAUCCUGGAGCUUUAUCGGCAUUGGGGCAAAGAAGCCUUCCAUCUCAGUCACCAGGAGGUUGCAACAGCAAAUCUUGCAUGGGCCUCGGUAGCAAUACAUCAAGUACAGGUGUGCAGGGGUCUUGCCAAACAGACUGAACUGAAUGACUUCCUGCUUGACGUAUCAAAAACCUAUUUUGAUAAUAUAGUCGCAAUAGAUUCUCUACUUGAACAUAUAAUGAUAUAUGCAAAAAACCUGGUGAAUGCAGACCGCUGUGCACUCUUCCAGGUUGACCACAAGAACAAGGAACUGUAUUCAGACCUUUUCGAUAUUGGAGAGGAGAAGGAGGGGAAACCUGUCUUCAAGAAGACCAAAGAAAUAAGAUUUUCUAUUGAGAAAGGAAUAGCGGGUCAGGUAGCAAGAACAGGUGAAGUCCUUAACAUUCCUGAUGCCUAUGCAGAUCCACGCUUUAACAGAGAAGUUGACCUCUACACAGGCUACACAACCAGGAACAUUCUGUGCAUGCCUAUAGUGAGCCGAGGGAGUGUAAUAGGCGUUGUGCAGAUGGUGAACAAAAUAAGUGGAAGUGCCUUCUCUAAAACCGAUGAGAACAACUUUAAAAUGUUUGCAGUCUUUUGUGCUUUAGCCUUACACUGUGCUAAUAUGUACCACAGAAUUCGCCAUUCGGAGUGUAUUUAUCGUGUAACGAUGGAGAAGCUGUCCUAUCACAGUGUUUGUACAGCAGAAGAAUGGCAAAAUCUCAUGAACUGCACACUCCCUACCCACAUCUGCAAAGAAAUUGAACUAUACCACUUUGAUAUCGGUCCCUAUGAGGAUGUCUGGCCAGCCAUUUUUGUCUACAUGGUCCACCAGUCCUGUGGUGCAACCUGCUUUGAACUUGAAAAGCUAUGUCGUUUUACUAUGUCUGUAAAGAAGAACUAUCGCCGUGUGCCCUAUCACAACUGGAAGCAUGCAAUUACAGUUGCACAUUGCAUGUAUGCCAUACUUCAGAACAACCAAGGGCUUUUCACAGACCUGGAGCGAAAAGGUCUCCUAGUUGCAUGCUUGUGUCAUGACCUGGAUCACAGGGGUUACAGCAACAGCUACCUUCAGAAAUUUGAUCACCCUCUGGCAGCUCUUUAUUCCACCUCAACUAUGGAGCAACACCACUUCUCCCAGACAGUGGCCAUUCUGCAGCUGGAAGGGCACAAUAUCUUCUCCAAACUGAGCUCCAACGAGUAUGAGCAGGUCCUGGAGAUCAUCCGCAAAGCCAUCAUUGCCACAGACCUUGCCCUGUACUUUGGAAACAGAAAACAGCUGGAAGAACUGCAUCAGACAGGAGCCUUAAACCUUAAAAACCAAGCACAUAGGGAUCGUAUGAUUGGUCUGAUGAUGACAGCUUGUGAUCUAUGUUCUGUAACAAAGUUGUGGCCAGUUACCAGAUUGACAGCUAAUGAUAUAUAUGCAGAGUUCUGGGCUGAGGGUGAUGAAAUGAAGAAGAUAGGUAUUCAACCUAUACCUAUGAUGGACAGAGAUAAGAAGGAUGAGGUCCCUCAAGGCCAAAUUGGAUUCUACAAUGCUGUAGCCAUCCCAUGUUACACUACACUCACACAGAUCUUCCCUCCUGCUGGGCCACUACUCCGGGCAUGCAGGGAAAAUCUCAAACAAUGGGAAAAAUUGACGCAAGGAGAGGAAACUUCAUUAUGGAUUCCAUCCCAACCACAUGAUCCCCAGACCUCGGAUUCACUUCCUGUGAAGAUUGAUGACUAAACAACCAUGACAAAUUGGUUUAACUCUAAGGCAUCUCUCCUUUUGUUUUUGUUUUUUUGGUUUGGUUUGGGUUUUUUCUUUUUUGGAAAGGAAAAAAAAAAGCUACAAAUGCAAAGAAGCAGAUCUGCCUGUGGAGGUAAUACCUACAGAGUUACCUCAGCUAGGCGACUGUCUGCCAGUCUCCUGUCUAACAUCAGUGACACAACAUAAACCAGAGAGAGACUGACAACUCGGUUGCUUCAGAAUCGGCUAUCAAAGCAAACUUAUGACAUGUGAAUAUAAAAGACUGGCCUUUUCUCAUGGGCUACAUUGCUGAGGCCUUAAUUCAAAACUGAAGGGAAAAAUAUUAGGGGGUACUUUUAAAAUUGUAUCUUUCUAGUAAGGGUUUCAAUGGUACUUUUAUUAUAUUGUACUGUGGCUGGAUUUAACACCAGUGUCACUUGGGAGUUCUUGGCUAUAAAUAGAACAUUUUACACAUUGCUAUUGUGAAUGUUUAUGUGUGAUCUACUUGUAAUCAGUUUGAAAUUUAGCAGAAAACCUCUGGGACUGUAACUUUUCCUGAAGUUACAGUACUUGAAUUAUCUUGCUGCAGACGGAAGGAAAAUCAACUUUUAGGUUCAAGGCUCCAAAAACUCUAUUAGGUAUCACAGAGCAACUGUUUUAUUUCUCAAGUUAAAUGUUGAAAGCACUGGCUGUGGUGUUUGGUUCUUUGUAAUUAUGUGAAAUGCUAGAGAGCUCAUCCAUUCAUACACUGGAAGUACUGGAUAUUUAUCUCCAGUGAGGAAAGAUGCAGGCAUAAUUUCAGGCUGGACCUUUUUAUCAACAUUGACUAAAAUGACAGGCUAAAGUUUGAAUGUAAUAGCAGAGAUCUGGCUGCCUAGCUAGCUGUAUGACAAGUGGUCAUGCUAAUAUUUUUCGUGGCGAAUCAUAUUUUAGAAAAUAUUAGACAUGUUUAACGUACAAUACUUUCUGCUGGAAAUAGGAGCCUUGUCAGCAAAGUCAGGUAUACAAGGCAUAACUGCGGUACCUUCACAAUAAGAGGAAAGUAUUUUCCUUUGACUAGUUUUUAUGUUGGUCACCAGUACUGUAUGUUUUCUACUACCAAAAAAAAAAAAAGGGAAGCCAUUUACCUUUUUUUAUGUUUUGCUUUUUUUUCUAGUUCAGCAAACAUUUCCAAGUUUACAGCUACCUAACUAAGCAGAAAAACAGCUGAUUCAGAAAACUGAAGCUCUGGAAGAAAUUCUGUGCUGCUGUAGGGCUUGGAUCCUGCAAACUAUUAUGCACAUGCUUAACAUUAAGCACAUGUAUAACUGUUUGACGUUCGGGGCCCUAUGCUCAAUGCAACCCUUUUGAUUGUAAUGUGGUUGCAAAGGGUGUAAUUCAAUAUACAAAAUUUGACCCUGAAUCUUUCUUUUUAAAAAUAAAAUAAAAUUUCAGCAUAGAUAUAGUACAUCUUUUCUAUACCCCGGUCGUUAGCAACACUGCAUUAGUUUAGUCUGCACUGCCGAGCCUACAUUAUAUUAUACAACUCUUCUUACCUGCUUGCAGAUAGGCAAGUCUUGAAGUGGUUCAGUGGCAACACUACAGUGUAGUGUAAAAACAACAAGUAGUACAGUCAGCAGUUUAAAGGCAAUAGGUAGUAUCUGUUUUCCCAUUCUGCUUGUUUACUGAACUGUAUUGAUCUAAUAAGCAUGCAUCUUAUUUUUUUUAUUAUUAUUUAAAUGUUUGGGUCCCUGAAGAGAUUUGCCUUUUGUUCUGGUCGAGCACAAACCAGUUUAUGUUUGUAUGCAUAUACAUUAUGUGAUCUAUAAUCACGUAAUUUAUACAUAAGCCUUUGCAGCACAUUAGAUACCAUGUAGGGUUAGAUUUGGGGUAUCUUGAUCAAAUCUUUUUAUAUGAAGUUCAGAUUUGAAUCAUACAGGGGACCAAGGAUGUCUAGCAGCAUCCAUGCAAGCACUUAGUGUGCUUUGCCAAUACUAAAUGAUUUUAUUCUCUGCAUAGUCACCAGUGAAUUUUUUUGAAAUGAAAAAAAAUUAUAAGGAUGCAGUUUUAUCAAACUAAACAAACAAGAUCAAUGUAAGUGGUGUCCUCUACUUUAUUCCUUAUCAGUUCUGGUUUAAAUAAUGCAAUUCAUACGCAGCCUGUGUUGUUACUGCAAGCAAAGAACUUGGGACACGACCCAGAGUUACUGAUUUAUGUGGAAACUUCACAGAUCUGUGGUGGCCUCAAAUACAGUCUGUCUGUAUAUCUGUGAGAUACCCAAAACAACUCAUUGAAAAUCUCUUUCAUGGCUCAAGCAUGUCUGUUAUUACCAUCCCCUUCUCCCUCUAUUUGCUGAUCUUGUCAGUGUUGCAAAAUUUUCCUUGUCACAUGCUAUAUUCAUGUCACAGAAAGUUUGUCUGAUUUCCAGUCACUGACUGUAAAAGUUAGCUAGAUCAUGAGUCGUCGCUGAAAAUGCUUGGCAGUAUCAUAUAGGUGCUUUAUAUAUUUCCCUAACAAAUUAAGCAAAGUUGCAAUAAAUAGUUCUAUUAAUGUGAUGAGACAACCAUAUUGGUACUUGACAGUUUGAGUAACCCGAACCACUUCAAACAGUUUGUUACAGUUAAAUUUCCAUUAGAGUUAAUACAGUCCCCCUCACCCCCUUUCUUCUCCUCUGGAGUAAGACAGGGGAAAGGAGUAAAACCAUACGGAUAAAGUCUACCUAUAUUUUAGGCAACAACGGAAACAAUAGUUUUAAUGGGCGAAUUUUUUUAAGUUGCAUCAAUUUGUCCUAUAGACUAAUUUAGUGAGUACAGUUUUAGGCAUCCAGGUGUUUGACAGCAGUAAACCCAAAUCAGUAUCCCAGAACUGAAAACCCUAAUCUAAGUAGUAGUUUGUCAUUUGAAUGUCAUGACUCAGGUCCAUGUUGAAUCCCUUUAAAAAUUUAGCCACACAAAAUGAAUAAGAACUUUUUAACAAUUGGCAGACUUUUUUUUUCUAGAAGUCUUAUAAAAUGUAUAGUUUUUAUUUCCAAAAGAGCAUUUUUUAUUAAAGUUUUAAUGACCUUUUCCCCUCUAAACAAAACAAUAGAAAAAAGGGACUACCGGUAUUUAAUAUUUGAGCAUUCUUUUGAGUAGGUAAAAGAAGCUGAAUUUGAGAAGGAUGCAUAUUCAGCAUCUUGAAACAAUACCAGGAACAUAACGAAUUAGGAAAAUGUAGCCAACCUGUGAAAAGUGGAUGGCACAGGAUGGUAUUAGCUAUUUUAGCUCUCACUUAAUAUACUGUGUAGUCUAUAAAAGCUUUGCUGGAAACUCCAUUACUGCGGUAAUCAAGAAUUUUUGUAAGAUAGUGCAAUAUUCUACUGUAAUGGUUCAGCACAUUGCAGCUACAUUAUUAUACAUUGUAGCACUGUAGAAGCAAUACAUUAGAAUAAUGUACUGGGUUUUUUUUAAAUGGAAGAACAUUUUCAAAUAUGUUAAUUAGAUCCUCAGAGGCAUGCAGUGUGGCACUUAUGUUUUCAUAUGGCACACAGUACAGAGUACUUAGAUGUGUUUUAAAUAAUCUGCAUGGAUUGCAAAUUUAGAAGUAGAAAUAUUUUGUACUAGCUAGUCAGUCUUUUGCUGUUACUGUGUUCAGGCCACUUAGUGUUAAAAUUGUAAGGGCAACAUAUAGCAUUAUUUAUCUAAAAGAAAUACCCAAGUCCCUUACCUGUUCAAACAAUUGCAACCUUCUUGAAGAAAUGCAUUUGCCUAAAACACUGUGACAUAGUUGCCAUUCUGUGAAAUGGUGCAGUAAAUUGUUCAUCAUAAGGAGGGUAAGUGACUUUCUUCACUCUUCUAUAAGGAUACUCAUAUUCAAAUUUUAGGUUAUGUAUCCCAAUCUAGCAAAGGCACAUUACAACUAUCUUUUGUCUGCUUGCUGACCAAAAACUGUGCUUGAUUGUAAUUUGGGUGUAUGCUCUGUCAAAAACUGAAAAAGUUAGUAAUGAACUGGUUUGCAGAGUAGAUCAAACUGGUUUGUAGAGUAGAUCCAUGUAUAUUCAAAAUUCAGAGGGGGCAGUUCUGUGAAGAAAGAACUUCAAGAUAACAGCAUUCAACUUUAUGACAUCUAGUAAGCUGAAAAAUUGAUUUUAUGUAUAUGACACAUAUAAACUAUCUUCUUUGUAAAAAGAAAUGCAAGUGCAAUAAUUUAAAGAGGUCUUACCUUUGCAUUUAUAAAUUAUAAAUACUGUACAUGGUGUGUAUUUUUUCAUGUAUUCAUUUGCAGUCUUUGUAUUUAAAAAACAAAACCUAAACCUUUACUAUUAUGUUUGUACAAUAGAGCAGUACUCAUUUAUUAUGAUAUAGUUAAAUUGUAAAUAAAUUAACAAACCAAACAGCCAGUACAUAUGCAUAUAUGGGUGUCCUGUUGUGAAACCUGUUUCUGCUUUAAUUGCUGGUUUUAGCACAGCAAGACAACUUCUGUGGAUAUGUAAUUAUACAUAUAAAUAUAUGUAUGAUACAUAAAAUAUAUUUAGAAAUGUUCAUAAUUUUAAUGGAUAUAUAUAUCCAUACACUUUGGUGUGAAUAUUACUGAAUACAGAGUUUUUUAAUAUUUUCUAUGUUCAUUUUUUGGUGUUAUUGUGAGUGGGGGAGAGGAAUGGGGACUUCUUGUGGACCUGUGUGUAUGUUUGUUGAUAUACUACAAGUAAAAUACAAGGAAAAAUGAGAACAAAAGGCAAUGGAAUCCAUGAAAAAGAUCAACAUUUGAUUUUCUGUACAUGUGACAACUUAUCAGUUGAGGUGCAUUUUUCCAAACAUCUGCUGUUGCAGGUAUUUUCUAUAACAAAACAUGUCUUACUGUAUAUUAAAUACUCAAAUUACAAUCAGCUCCUCAGCUGAUGUAAAUUGCCAGAGCUACAUUGACUUCUAUGCUGAAAAUCUGGGCUACCGUUUUUAGUUCACAAUUGCAUUUAAUUGAGUAGAUUUACAAUCCAUCUGUUUCCAGCAUCUUGGAACUACAUAUAUGUUGCUGGACAAGAUUUGUGGCCCCUUUUGUCUAGGCACAGUGAUAAGGAGGAAAGAGGGCAAAAAAUUAGUAUUGUUAGAAUAGUUUCUUUACAUGGGUUUCCUUCAGAACUCUUAUGCUCCAAACCCUGUUUUUCAUGACCCACCCAGAUACAGCUGACUUUGAGAUAAAAGGUUUGUUCCCAGGAAGAGCAAGGUGUGCUAAAGCAAACCUCACAGUAGAAAUGGCUAGACAAAAUUACAGAUUUUAAAAAAAGACAAUAUGAAUGCACCUUAUUACAGUACUUAUAAUUCUGCCACUCCUCCUUUUAUUACGGUUUAUAUAACAGUAGCACUCAGACGUUCCAGACGGGGAUUCUGCUUGAUGCUAUACAAACAAAGCCUUGCUCCAAAGAGCCUUCUGUUGGGUUAGCAUGUGAUCAUGUGAGGUAGUAUUGGCAAUUGUAGAAAAUAACAUGGAUGAGUUAAUUUCAAUACAACAGGUGAUUUUAUAUAUGCUUCUGUCAAAACAAGAGCUUCAUCAGUAGCUGCCAUUAAAAAUCAACAUUCGCCCAUAGUAAUUGAGAUUUCUUGUUGUUUGUGCAGGGAAAUGUGUUAUUUCGGGUCUAGAAUGGUGGGUAGCUAUGGGGAAACGUUGACUUUUUAAUGGUGAU